AUGACCAUCUUUACUGCGAGCACGACUGCUCCUGUCAACAUUGCUACCCUCAAAUACUGGGGAAAACGGGAUAAAACCCUCAACUUGCCCACAAACUCGUCCAUUUCUGUAACCUUAGCUCAGAAUGACCUGCGUACCCUAACAUCUGCCGCGACGAGCGAACGCUUCGAUGAGGACCAAUUGUGGCUCAACGGGAAGCUUGAGUCCCUCGAAAGUGAAAGAACACAGCACUGUCUACAAGAUCUGCGUGACCUGCGUGCGAAACUAGAAGCUCAAAAUCCGAGUCUGCCCUCUAUGUCCAAAUGGAAACUUCACAUCGUCUCCGAAAAUAACUUCCCUACAGCCGCGGGUCUAGCAUCCUCUGCCGCUGGCUUUGCGGCCUUGGUUGUUGCGAUUUCUAAACUCUACCAACUGCCAGAAUCUGCCUCAGAGAUCUCCAAGAUUGCCCGUAAGGGUUCUGGUUCCGCUUGUAGGUCAUUGUUUGGUGGCUACGUGGCAUGGGAAAUGGGGACUGCAGCGGACGGCUCCGACUCUAAAGCAGUCGAAGUGGCACCACAGGAUCACUGGCCAGAGAUGAAAGCCGCUAUUUUGGUAGUCAGUGCUGCUAAGAAGGAUACACCCUCAACCAGUGGUAUGCAACAUACAGUGGGCACUUCUGAUCUUUUCCAAGAACGAAUCACCAAUGUUGUGCCUAAACGCUUUGAGGAGAUGAAGCAAGCCAUCUGGAGCCGUGAUUUUGCUCAAUUUGCCGAGCUCACUAUGCGCGAUUCGAAUUCUUUUCACGCCACCUGUUUGGAUUCAUACCCUCCCAUCUUUUACAUGAAUGACACCUCCCGCCAAAUUGUGAAGCUAUGUCACCAGAUCAAUGCUUUCUUCGACGAGGUUGUCGUUGCCUACACGUUCGACGCUGGCCCAAACGCCGUUCUCUACUAUCUACAAGAAAAUGAGACUAAAGUGAUGGCUUUCAUUCACCAAGUAUUCCAGCAAAAUUCGGGCUGGGAUUCGAAGUUUUCUAAGCAAGACCUCGAGGUCUUUAGCGAGUAUUUCACCACCGACGUGGCUCCCGACAUGGCUUUUGACCUUGACCUCGACUUGCACAAGGGUGUUUCCCGUGUUAUACUAACUCAGGUUGGGCCCGGCCCCCAAGACACCACUGAGUGCCUAAUCGAUACAACUACCGGCAUUCCCAAGUAA